GGUGUAUCAAAUGGAACUCUCUACAAAAAAACCUUUAUUGAGCACUUUGAACAGGCGCCAAUGUAUGUUGCUGUUCUUACUUUCCUGGGUUUUGGAGUGGGAACGAUAUUUGGCUACCUGCGAGAUUUUAUGAGAGCCUGGGGACUAGAAAAACGUCACAUUGCUGCAGAAAGAGAACAACAAAAAGAUUUUGUGCCACUUUAUCAAGAUUUUGAGAACUUUUACACCAGAAACCUCUAUAUGAGAAUACGGGAUAACUGGAAUCGUCCAAUUUGCAGUGUCCCAGGGCCACAGUUUGACCUCAUGGAACGUGUUACAGAUGAUUACAACUGGACAUUUAGGUUUACAGGAAGGAUUAUCAAGAAUGUAAUCAAUAUGGGUUCUUAUAACUACCUCGGCUUUGCAGAAACGGAUGUUAACGCUUUGAAAACUGUGACCAUAGAGUUACAAAAAUAUGGGACAGGAAUCUGCAGUACCAGACAGGAAAUGGGCACCCUAGACAAACAUGUAGAACUAGAGAAACUUGUGGCCAAGUUCCUUGGUGUGGAAGAUGCUAUGGUGUUUGGGAUGGGCUUUGCAACUAACUCAAUGAAUAUUCCAGCCCUUGUUGGAAAGGGCUGCCUCAUUUUAAGUGAUGAGUUGAACCACACUUCUCUCGUUCUUGGUGCAAGGCUUUCAGGUGCUACUAUUAGAAUCUUCAAGCAUAAUAAUAUGCAAAGCCUUGAGAAGCUGCUGAGGGAUGCAAUAAUAUAUGGGCAGCCUCGAAGCCACCGAGCAUGGAGAAAGAUUAUCAUCCUCGUGGAGGGCAUUUACAGCAUGGAAGGGUCCAUCGUGCGCCUGCCAGAGAUAGUCUCCUUGAAGAGGAAAUACAAAGCCUACCUCUACUUGGACGAAGCUCACAGCAUCGGUGCAGUGGGAGCAACGGGCCGAGGAGUUGUGGAGUACUUCGGUAUGAAUCCUGAUGAUGUUGAUGUAUUAAUGGGAACGUUCACAAAGAGCUUUGGAGCAGCUGGAGGAUACAUUGCUGGCAAAAAGGACCUUGUGGACUUUUUACGAACUCAUUCUCACAGUGCUGUGUACGCCACAUCUAUGUGUCCACCCGUAGCAGAGCAAAUCAUCAGGGCAAUGAAAUGUCUCAUGGGACAAGAUGGGACAACACAAG